AAAAAGGUCAAUAAGAAAUAAAAUCAAAAUAUUAACAAAACUAAAAUAUGUAGUCGCAGGGAAGAUUUUGAAUGGAAAAAAUUGUGUUGAUUUGAAUUUCUCGAAGCGCCGGAGUGCGAUUAGGGUUUCGUUCGGUCUACUGUGAAUCUCUCGGUCGUUCGUCGGAGGAUAAUUUUUUUUUGAGAGAGACUUUAGACUGAAGCCAAGCAGAAAUUGCAGUUACAGUUUAUUUUGUUGAGCGUGAUAGGUUCUGUGAGUGUUUUCUUUGCGAUAUGGCGAAUCUCCCGAUCCUUCAAUUCGAAGAGAAGAUCGUGGAAACAGUGGAGAAGAACCCAGUGGUUGUUAUCAUCGGAGAAACCGGCUCUGGGAAGAGUACUCAGCUCUCUCAGAUACUUCAUCGACGUGGCUACACUAAGUCCGGCGUCAUCGCCGUCACUCAGCCUCGACGUGUCGCCGCCGUUUCCGUCGCCAGGCGCGUGGCACAGGAGCUCGAUGUAAAUCUCGGAGAGGAUGUUGGUUAUGCAAUACGUUUCGAGGACAGAACUUCGAGCAAAACACGCAUUAAGUACCUCACAGAUGGAGUUCUACUUCGUGAGAGCCUGUCGAAUCCAAUGCUCGAUGAUUACUCUGUAAUCAUAUUGGAUGAAGCUCACGAGAGAAGUUUAAACACGGAUAUUCUGUUGGGUCUAAUGAAACGGUUGGUUAGAAUCCGUUCGUCUAACUUCAAAGUUCUUAUAACCUCUGCAACGCUUGACGGCGAAAAGGUUUCUGAGUUCUUUUCUGGCUGCCCUGUGCUGAAUGUACCUGGAAAAUUAUACCCCGUGGAAAUAUUAUACAGCAAAGAGCGUCCUGGCAGUUAUAUUGAGUCAUCUCUGAGAGUAGCAAUAGAUAUACAUGUUCGUGAGCCAGAAGGUGAUAUCUUAAUCUUCAUGACUGGACAGGAUGAUAUAGAAAAACUAGUCUCAAAGCUUGAGGAGAAAGUACGAAGCUUAGCAGAAGGAUCCUGUAUGGAUGCUAUUAUUUACCCUCUUCACGGAUCUCUGCCACCUGAAAUGCAGGUUCGUGUAUUUAGUCCACCGCCUCCAAACUGCCGGAGGUUUAUCGUUGCUACAAAUAUUGCUGAAACUUCCCUUACUGUGGACGGAGUUGUGUAAGAAACCUGAAACCUGAGUUUUUAGAAAUUAUUUUUUGUUUUUACGUCUGAUAUCAACCGUUUUCCAUUUACUGCAAAACAUAUUGAUACUUUUUCCUCCAGCUUUGAUAUUAAAAAUUAUUUUUGGUUCUGAGUCUAGUCCAGGAAAUAACUCGAUAGAUAUAUGAUGGUGACUUGUAUAGUCUAAUCAUGAAUGCUGCAAAUCGUGUAAUCAGGUCCAGUAACUGAAUCAGUCAGAUAUUUGUUGUUGGCUUAAUCUUGUUGUUAUACUCGUCGCUUCUUUUAGUUCACUUCAGAUCACAAUAUAUGUUGCCCAUAACCACAUCUAUGAGAUCUAUUCUUUGGAGUUUGACGUGGAACAGACUAUCGAGUAUUGAUACAGAUCUACAUGAAUAUCUUUAAGGUAUGUAAUUGAUUCAGGGUAUGUGAAGCAAAGACAAUACAACCCAUCAAGUGGAAUGUAUUCGCUUGAUGUUAUUCAAAUUAGCAAAGUGCAAGCUAACCAACGUGCUGGACGUGCUGGUAGAACGAGACCUGGGAAAUGUUAUCGAUUAUACCCCUUCGCCGUCUUCCGGGAUGACUUUCUUGAUGCAACAAUUCCUGAGAUUCAACGAACUUCUCUUGCUGGGAGUGUUCUUUACUUGAAAUCGUUGGAUCUACCUGAUAUUGACAUACUCAAGUUUGAUUUUCUUGACGCUCCAUCAUCCGAGUCAUUAGAAGAUGCAUUGAAGCAAUUGUAUCUCAUUGAUGCAAUUGAUGAGAAUGGAGCAAUAACAAGUAUUGGAAGGACGAUGUCUGAGCUUCCACUAGAACCAUCACUGUCAAGAACAUUGAUAGAAGCAAAUGAAAAUGGUUGCUUAUCUCAAGCUCUAACGGUCGUUGCCAUGUUGUCAGCGGAGACUACUCUACUUCCUGGUAGGAGUAAACCCAAUGAAAAGAAGAGGAAACAUGAUGAUUCUAGCCUUCCUGAUGGAUCCGGAUUUGGUGACCACAUUCAACUGCUACAGAUUUUUGAAUGUUGGCACCGUAAUAAUUAUGAUACUGAAUGGUGCAAAGAAAAUGGCAUGCAGGUGCGAGGAAUGGUGUUUGUCAGAGAUGUUAGGAAACAGCUAUGUCAGAUUAUGCAGAAAAUAUCCAAAGAUCGAUUGGAAGUUGGGGCAAGUGGAAGGAAGAGUUCAAGCCGAGACGACUACAGGAAGUUGAGGAAAGCUCUGUGUGUGGGUAAUGCAAACCAAGUUGCUGAGAGAAUGCUUCGUCAUAAUGGAUUCCGAACUCUUAGCUUCAAGCCCCAGCUAGUCCAGGUGCAUCCAUCAUCUGUGUUGAGCACCGACAAGGAGGGAAUGUUGCCAAAUUAUGUGGUGUACCAUGAGCUGAUUUCCACCACGCGACCGUUCAUGCGUAAUGUUUGUUCGAUUGAGAUGUCAUGGGUGGCUCCCAUCAAAACAAAGAUCGACAAGUUAAACGUCAGAAAACUGAGUGGUGGACCGGCAAACUCUUUCAAGGAACCUGAGGAGAAGGAGACGGAGUUAUCUACGAACAAGAACAAUGCUGAAACAACAACUGCAGUUUCCGAAACUGUCGAGAGUAGGAUUGAAGCAGCCAGAGAACGGUUUCUUGCUCGUAAAAGGACAUAAAUGAUAUUGAUGUAUAAACACAGCAGGAUUCAAGAUCUUGAAGAAAGAAUCUAAUACUAUAUAAUGGUUGCAGGAGAUCUCUAUAGAAUCAAAAAUUCCGUUCAAUUUAAAUAUAAUAUAUUUUUGACUGAAAAGAAUGAUUUUUAAAUGUUUGAUAAACAGAAAAUUUUGUAUCAUAACUAAAGAAAAAAUGAAAUCCUAGUUUUAAAAGUACAUUUGACUAGUUAGAAAAAGAAAAGAAAAGAAAAAGGAAAAAGGUAAAUUGAAAUAGUUACAUAGAUCUAAAAUGAAAAAUUGUGAAUUCUCUAAAUAUAUAUAUAUAUAUAUAAUAUUUAAUUUAUUUUAAAAUUAGUUUUAAUAUUAAUUUAUACAAGUUAAAAUAUAUUUAUAUAUACACAU